UGCCCACUCUUCUCGUAGUCAUCUGUCUGUGCGUGUUUGCGUCUUGGAGCUGGAAUUUUGGGAGUGGAAAUGCCACUGUUACUUUCACAGUUGGCGUCAAGUCGAAUGAGAGUGACCCUCUGACAUUCUACUGUGUCGGUCAGACAGCGCGCAUCGGAAAAGGGCCGAACCGUUACCGAACGAACGCAGUCAAAAUGAAUAGGAAUUGGGGAUUUUAGACGGGGUAGUAGUGAGUGGUUGAGAUAUUAUUGAAUCUUUUAAGUUUAUUAUUCCACUUUUGAUAUACAAUUAUCAGUUAUCGAUUGAUAGGCUAACUGUUGGGGCACUUUAGGCGUCUGGAUUUUCAGAAUCAACAAUUGUUUUCUGCGUUUGGAUUAUUAUUAUUUUUAUUUUCCUGGGAAAUGGCAAGUUCUUAUUCUGCGAGAGAAACACGACUUUCCGAGGAAAGAGGAAACAGCAGCUGAAUAGGCUACUAAAGGAUGCUGGCAACCUGAAGCUGUCAGGCAAAUUUCUCCUGCAUUUCUGAGACAUUUGUUGUUUUGCUUUGAGGACUAUAAAACCGUGGAAAUAUCAAAGUUUAUUUUUUAUCUUUUUUUUUUUUUUUUUACAGAUUUGUGUAUUUUACAGUCCAAUGAUGUAUUGUGGAUUUAUACUGUUAUUUUCAACCCAACUCAUUGUUGUGGCUCCAUUGAUUCAAAGCGUUGCAGAUAAAUGUGGAGAUAACAUUGAGAUAACCAAUGCAGAUUAUCUCACCUCGACUGGCUAUCCGAACUCAUACCCUCCAUCACAGCAAUGUAUGUGGGUGAUAUCAGCCCCAGAACCGGGCCAGAAGAUACUCAUCAACUUUAACCCACAUUUUGAUCUGGAGGACCGAGAAUGCAAGUAUGACUAUGUGGAGGUGUUUAACGGUGGGGACGAGAAGGCUCCAACCCUGGGGAAGUUCUGUGGGAAGAUCGCCCCCUCCCCUAUCAUCUCAAGUGGCAGCCAGCUUCUCAUCAAGUUUGUGUCCGACUACGAAACCCACGGGGCUGGAUUCUCCGUACGUUACGAGGUCUUCAAGACAGGGCCUGAGUGCUCCAGAAACUUCACCUCAUCCAAGGGCGUAAUAAAGACGCCAGGCUUCCCAGACAAGUACCCCAACAACCUGGACUGCACCUUCAUGGUCAUCGCCCCCAAGAUGUCAGAGAUCGUGGUGGACUUCGACGCGUUCGACAUGGAGCCUGACACCACCCCUCCACCCGGGGCACUGUGUCGCUACGACUGGCUGGAGAUCUGGGACGGGUUCCCUGCAGUGGGUCCCCACAUCGGGCGGUACUGUGGUAACAGCAGUCCUGGACGGGUCAUAUCCUACACUGGGAUCCUGUCUAUGACCAUCAACACUGACAACGCCAUCGCCAGAGAGGGCUUCUCAGCCAAUUACACUGUCAGAGAGAAGAGCCUGCCACAGGGACAGACACCAGAGGAAUUUAAGUGUGUGGAGGGCCUGGGGAUGGAGUCAGGGGCGAUCACCUCGGAUCAGAUCACUGCCUCCUCUCAGUACAACUCUAACUGGUCUCCUGAGCGCUCCAGACUCAACUACAAAGAGAAUGGCUGGACCCCCUCGGAAGACUCCAGCAGAGAGUGGAUUCAGGUGGACCUGGGAUUUCUCCGCUUUGUCUCAGCCGUGGGAACACAGGGCGCCAUCUCAAAGGAAACCAAGAAGGAGUACUUUGUCCGCUCCUACAAAGUGGAUGUGAGCUCCAAUGGAGAGGACUGGGUCACAAUAAAGGAGGGAUCCAAGCAGAAGAUUUUCCAGGGGAACCACAACCCUACAGAUGUGGCCAGGUCGUUCCUGCCCAAGCAGACUCUGGCGCGCUACGUCCGCAUCAGACCCAUGUCCUGGGAGAUAGGCAUAUGCAUGCGCUUCGAGGUUUACGGCUGCAAGACCUCAGACUACCCCUGUUCAGGCAUGCUGGGGAUGGUCUCCGGACAGAUCUCAGAUGCCCAGGUCACUGCGUCGUCGCACGCGGAGCGUGGCUGGGUACCGGAGAACGCCAGGUUGCUAACAGGGAGGUCGGGAUGGACCCAGCAACAGACCAGACAGCCCUUCAGGAACGAGUGGCUGCAGGUGGACCUGGGCCAGGACAAGCUGGUCAGCGGCCUGGUUAUCCAGGGAGGACACCACAGAGACAAGAAUGUGUUCAUGAAGAGGUUCAAGGUGGGUUACAGCAGCAACGGCUCUGACUGGACCAUGGUGAAUGAAGACAACGAUGCCAAGCCUAAGAUCUUCAUUGGGAACCAGAACCAUGACACCCCAGAGCUGCGUACGCUGGGCCCUCUGCUUACUCGCUUCCUCAGGAUUUACCCAGAGAGAGCCACCCCCGAGGGCCUGGGCCUCAGACUGGAGCUGCUGGGCUGUGAGAUCCAGGAGCCCACAACUCUCCCACCGACCACGCCUGUAGCGAUCACGUUUGCUGUGACCACGUUCGCUGCCACCACGACCGCGUCUGUGACCACGCCCGCGCCGACGUCAGAAGAGUGUGACGACGAGCAGGCCAGCUGUCACAGUGGAACAGGAACAGGAGCAGGAGGGGAGGACUACGACCCAACAGGUGACACCACAGUGGCAGACCCUAUCAUAGAGGGAGACCGCAUACCAGAGUACCUGUGGUUCGCGUGUGACUUUGGCUGGGCGGACAACCCAUCGUUCUGCGGCUGGACACUGGAGACGGAUGCUGGUGCUGGGUGGAUGAUUCAUACCAGCGGGGCCCCUACAGUCCACAGAGGACCCAACCUAGAUCACACAGGAAGUCCAGGAAAUUUCAUCUACAUGCUGCUGGCUACUGAGACCGAAAGGAAGGAGGAGGAGUCAGAGGAGGAGAGGAUGGAGGAGAGGGUGGCACGCCUAGCCAGCCUGCCCGUCACCGCCCCUGAUGCAGACCUGUGUGUGUCCUUCUGGUACCACAUGUUCGGGGAGCACGCCGGCACCCUGCACAUCAAACAGAGCAGGGAGACAGAGGAGGGACGGACUGAGGCACUGCUCUGGACUGUCAGUGGACACCAGGGCAGCCGAUGGAGGGAGGGACGAGUGCUGGUGCCCCACUCUAACAAACCCUAUAAGGUGGUGAUUGAGGGAGUGGGAGACAGGAGCACAGGACAUAUCGCGCUGGACAAUAUCAAGAUCCUGGAUGGACUCACAACAGAGGAGUGUAAGGAUCCAGAUAUACGCGAGGCUCCUACGUCCCAGCCAACAGAGAUCUGCAUAUACCCAAUAGACCCGUACUACCCAGCGGUAGUGGAGAACAGCGAGCUGGGUGGCCCAGGCAACAUGCUGAAAACCCUGGACCCCAUCCUCAUCACCAUCAUCGCUAUGAGCGCUCUGGGGGUCUUGCUGGGGGCUAUCUGUGGUGUCGUCCUCUACUGUGCCUGCUCACACGGCCACAUGUCCGACAGCAGGAACUUGUCGGCUCUGGAGAACUAUAACUUUGAGCUGGUGGACGGAGUCAAGCUAAAGAAGGACAGCAAGCUGAAUGCACAGAACAGCUACUCAGAGGCGUAAGCUAAAGGCGUGAGCUUCCUCUGAGGGAAGGAAGCAUAAGCAGCCUCAUAGCUGGAGGAACUAGACCACCGGAUGGAGGGUUGGGACCCAAAUGGCACCGUAUUCCAUAUAUACUGCACUAUGUAGGGGAUAGGGUGCCCUGUAGUGCACUAUGUAGGGGAUAGGGUGCCAUUUUGGAUGCAGUCAGCCGUAGAGAUGGUAGGAGGUUGUGACCGAGUCGUGAUAUUCUCAGGGGCUGCAGUGAAAGGAAUUUACCAGUAGGGGGCACUGUGUAUAAAGAAAAUGUGUACAGCAAAAAGGAUUAUUUAGUUUUUUGGAUGUUUUGUGACGUGCUUUGUUUUUAUGUAAUCAGAUGCUGGUGUUGAGACCAAUUAAUAUGAAAGUAUUUAUCAUGUUUUUGUUAUUUUUCUUCUGAAAAUAUAUGAUUUUUCAUUUUUCUCUGAAGUCAAUACUGUUUCACAGAAAGAAAGAGCAUAAAAACUUUGAUUCACUAACCUGACGUGCGGCUGGCUAUUCAGCUGGCCAUGUUAUGUUUCUGUUGUAUGUCGGCAUCGAUUUGUGCAUUUUGUGCGUGUGUGAGUGUGUGUGUGUGUGUGUGUGUGUGUGUGUGUGUGUGUGUGUGUGUGUGUGUGUGUGUGUGUGUGUGUGUGUGUGUGUGUGUGUGUGUGUGUGUGUGUCCAGAGGGGUGCUUGCCCUGGCCCUAGACCUGUGUCUAGUUCCGACAGUGCCUUUUGAAAGUUUGUGUUGCCUUUUCUCUACUGAUUCUGUUCAUAGCAGUACAUAGGCGUCCACUGGUAGUGUCUGAUUCUGUUCUGAUCAGAGCAGUACAUAGGCAUCCACUGGUAGAGUGAUUCUGUUCUGAUCAGAGCAGUACAUAGGCAUCCACUGGUAGAGUCUGAUUCUGUUCUGAUCACAGCAGUACAUAGGCAUGCACUGGUAGAGUCUGAUUCUGUUCUGAUCACAGCAGUACAUAGGCAUCCACUGGUAGAGUCUGAUUCUGUUCUGAUCAGAGCAGUACAUAGGCAUCCACUGGUAGAGUCUGAUUCUGUUCUGUACAUAAUUAUGUAUAAGCAUCGGCUGGUAGAGUCUGAUUCUAUUCCGAUCAUAGCAGUAAGUAGGCAUCCACUGUUAGAGUCUGAUUCUGUUCUGAUCAUCAUAGCAGUACGUAGGCAUCGGCUGGUGGAGUCAGAUUGGCAGGACUUCAUGCCAUCCCCAUAGUACAUGACACAUCCAACUUAUUGUACAUAGGUUUUAAUAUAUUUGAGCGGCCUUUUAUAUAUAUAAAAAAUACAAACUGCUGCAGUAUCCUUUCUUUGUGCUCUCUGUAUCAUAGGUGAUGUUGUCUGGAUGUCCUCAUGUAUUUAAUGGGUAUUUUGUGUUGUUAUGUUCCAUUGGUGCUCUACAAUGCUGCCUGGGAAAAGAGUGUGUUAUUAUGGCCAAUGGUUAUAUUCGCUACAAAGGCCUAACAAGAAGAGAGUGAAGAGCCCAUCGGCUGUGUCUGAAAUGACACCCUAUUCCCCAGAGUGCACUACGUGCCCUGGUCAAUAGCCGUGCACUAUAUAGGGAAUAGUGUGGCAUUUGGGACGCAACCAUACAACAGACUGGAGGGGGUGAAGCAUCUCUAGGAGAGAAAAAAAUGCUGCUAUGACAAUACUUGGGCCAGUUUCCCAGACACAGAUUAAGAAUCUCUUUGAGAAUGCUUUUUAGUCCAGGACAAGGCUUAAUCUGGGUUCUGGGGAACUGGCCCUACAUGUCUAUGGUGGAAUGAUGGACCUUGCUAGAAUGAAAGAUACUCUUCUGUCAUGCUGUUUUCAUGUACUGUAGCUCACAUCCUAUGCGCUCUCCUUUUGUCUGUAUUGAACACUAACGUAAAGAGUUCAUGCAAAACAAAGUACUAUAUAAAACGGCAAAAAACAUGGAUCCAAGGUUCAAUGAAUGGAUGUGAUGUAGCUCUACCGUUUAUUCCUUCGGCCGGGGUCUAUUUGAGCUUCUAUGUUUCGCCUCUGUCAUGUUUCCUUCAUUCAGGGAACCUAGUUAGACAGAUGCUUCAUGGUUCUGCUUUGAGCUCUUAAUGGUAUUCCAUAUUCCACAGGAUUAGAAUCAUUCGAAUUAGAAUGAGUCAUUCCUGUUUCUAUGGUUCCACCUCUCAAAAAUGUAAGGGCCUCAUGUUUUGGUGUGGUCCUCUUCAAUAGGAAAGGAUGCUGCAGCAUUAGAUGUGAAAACAAUGUUGCACUGAUAUAUUUAAAAGAUCUUUGUGUUGUUUAUGAUAUUGUUUUGUGAAAAAAAAAUUGAGAGAGAGAAAGCGAGAGAAGGAUAAGACAGUGUUACAGAUAACUAUUUUAUAUGGUUUCAGAUGACAUGAUAUAAUUCUGAAAUGUACAAUUAUGGAGAUGUUUUUCAUUAUUGAAAAAGCUAUACACGUCUCUUUACUUACGUAAUGUUUAUAUUUAGUUGGUAUGUUAUAUCACCUUGUGUUUUUGUACUGUCACAAAUGUCUGUGCCAUUUUUUUCUACAAAAUGUUUUUUUUUCUUCAAUACUGCUAAAUGUAAUUUGCCAUCCCAGAUAUAAAAAAAAGGAAAGAAAAAAUGAUUAAGCAGUUAAGGCCUUAUUGACUGAUGUAAUUAUGUUUCUAUACUUGGACCCAAAUGUCCGCAUUCCCUAUACUGUGCAAUACCUUUGUCCUGGGCCCAUAGGGCUCUGGUCAAAUGUAGUGCACUGUGUAGGGAAUAGGGUGCUAUUUGACUCCCUGGUCAGCUUCAAGACCUACGUAGUUUCUGACUGAUCAAUGACUACUACAUUCCAAAGAAUUGGAUCAAAUAAAUGUUUGAAUAAGA